GUCUAAAUUAAGUGUAUGUUUAUAUCGGUUCAAACGCCUUGUUUUGCUGUACUAAACUUGUAUACCUCAGGCAAUAAGGCUCAAACAUGGUGUCCAAGUAAAUGCAUAAGCAAAUGAAAUUGUAUUGGAGAUUCCCCUCCAUUUCUCUUUUUUCGUAUUAUCCUGACACAUUUAUUGAGAAUUUGAUUUUUUUAUAUAUUCCGAUGAAUACAGAUUCUAAACAGUGAGGAUUUAUGGUUUUAUUGUUGUUUUUAUCAGCUUAAGUUUCUUCUGAUUUGUGUCCAUGUCAGGACAGAACUGAUAUGUCAUGUUUCUUCUUUGCAAUUAUCUUAAAGAUUCAUACUGAUACAUGGGAAUUGGAAUACUCUGCAUUCAGUGUGUUGUUACAUCAUGCAAAACAAAUUAAGGCAGUAAAGUCAUAAAGUCAUUUGAUUAAUGUGAAUGUCAUCAGUUACCACAACAUCUCACAGAAUGACAAAUUGAUUGGGACCUUGAAACUGCCAGGAAAAUUUUUAUGCUGACUUGCAAAGAGGACCCAUGUAGUCUUUGUUUUCUUUGGUCCAACAAGCCAUCACUGUACUGCAACCCAACGCACACCACUUAUUUCCCACAUUAAAAGCACUGGAAACUGCCUCUCUCUCUCUCUCUCUCUCUCUCUCUCUCUCAUGAACCUGUUACUGCUUCUUAUAUGUGUUCCUCAUCCAUCACCUUGCACCACUUCAACCAUCUGAACCCAACAGGUUCGUAUGCUCCACCGUCCUCUCCACACCUCACCAUGCAGGAAGAAGAGUGCAAUGUAUCCCUCAGUCUUGCGAUAGGAGGAGUUGGGGAUUUGCCCUUCAUCAAAAACCUGAAUCAGACCUCGUUCAAAGAAGAGACGGAAGAGAAGAGAGAUGGUGGCGGCACGAGGAAGAAGCUGAGGCUCUCCGGAGAACAACUGGCCUUGCUUGAAGACAGCUUCAGAGCCCACAGCACGCUUGCUCCUGACCAGAAACAAGAGCUUGCGCAGAGGUUGCACUUGCAGCCGAGGCAAGUGGAAGUAUGGUUUCAGAACAGGAGAGCCAGGACCAAACUGAAGCAGACGGAGGUAGACUGCGGGUUCUUGAGGAGGUGCUGCGAGAGGCUGGCCAACGAGAACAGAAGGCUGAAGAGGGAGCUGAUGGAGAUGCGAUCAGUAGUGAAGCCCGGUCCGCAGCUCUCCGUAGAGCACCGCAAGGCAGCGCGGCUGAGGAUGUGUUCCUCGUGCGAGAAGAUGACGAGCGAUGAGAAAGAGAGCAGUCUACUGAGCACCAUCAAUUCCUGAGAAGAUUAAGAAGACCAAUUCAAUGGGGAAGAAGAAGGAACUGAUCAUAGAUUUCCAUGGAAGAGGUUGAAGGCUUACGACUGACUUGUUGGGUCAACUCGGAAUUAGGUAGAGGACGCAACGAGUCAACAGACCCCUUGUAAUACGUUGAGUUGACUCCGAACAGUUGUUGGGAGGUCUUCAAGCUUGAGUUGAGCCGC